CUCUGUGUUAGUCUUCCCGAGACAGAGACAGGAGCAGCAGAGGCUGAACAGAUUGCAAAAGAAUCUAUCAAGGGCAGAAAUAGAACAAAGCAAAGCGGCCUCACAACUGCGGUCAAGGAGAGAGCUUCCAGCUGGCCAAGACAGGUGCCGAGAUGGCUUUCCUGCCCAACUUUUCCAUGGAGACAUGGCUACUUCUCAUUGUUCUCCUGGGCCUGGUGAUGCUGUAUGGAGUUUGGCCAUUUAGAUUGUUCAAGAAACUUGGCAUUCCAGGUCCCACACCUCUGCCUUUCUUUGGAACUAUGUUGGAAUACCGCCAUGGUUUCUUGAAGUUUGAUAGCAAGUGCUUCCAGAAAUAUGGGAAAACCUGGGGGAUUUAUGAUGGGCGGCAACCAUUAAUAGCCGUACUGGAUCCUACCAUCAUUAAAGCCAUAUUAGUGAAAGAGUGCUACAGCACCUUUACCAACCGCCGGGUCUUUCCUCUAAGUGGCGUGCUGGAGACUGCAAUUUCAUUGGCACAGGAUGAACAGUGGAAGAGAAUUCGCACCAUACUCUCUCCAACCUUUACCAGUGGGAAGCUAAAGGAGAUGUUCCCUAUCAUAAAACAUUAUGGAGACAUUUUGGUGGAAAAUGUUCAGAAGAGCGUUGAAAAGAAUGAGCCUGUGGCAGUGAAGGAUGUCUUCGGUGCUUACAGCAUGGAUGUUGUCACUAGUACCGCAUUUGGUGUGAACAUUGACUCCAUGAACAACCCUAAAGACCCUUUUGUCAAGGAGAUCAAGAAGCUAACCAAGUUUCGUGCUUUUGAUCCAGUCAUCACACUGAUAUUUGUGUGCCCAUUCCUCAUUCCUCUCCUUGAACUAAUGAAGGUGACAAUCUUUCCCAGAGACGCUGUCAACUUCUUCACAAGGUCAAUUAAAAAAAUCAAGGAAAGGAGGCAAAAAGAAGGCCAAGGGGGCCGAGUGGAUUUCUUGCAACUGAUGAUUGACUCCCAAGUUUCCAACAGCAAAGACCAGAGUAAUGGGCUGAAUCACUUGAAUCAAGGGUUGACUGACACUGAAAUCCUCGCUCAAGCCUUCAUCUUUAUUUUUGCUGGCUAUGAACCCAGCAGCAAUUCACUUGGUUACCUAGCUUAUGUUUUAGCCACUCACCCAGAUGUCCAACAGAAGCUUCACGAUGAGAUCGAUUCUAUUCUGCCCAACAAGGCUCCUCUGACCUAUGAUGCCAUCAUGCAACUGGAGUAUCUUGACAUGGUACUGAACGAAACACAAAGGCUGUAUCCUCUUGGCGGGCGGAUUGAAAGAGUCUGCAAGAAAGACGUCGAAAUAAAUGGAGUGACCAUUCCAAAAGACACAGUGGUGAUGAUCCCACCCUAUCUCCUGCAUCGUGACCCAGAAUACUGGCCAGAACCAGAGGAGUUCAGACCUGAGAGGUUCAGCAAAGAGAACAAGGAAAGCAUCAAUCCUUAUGCGUACCUGCCCUUUGGUGCUGGUCCCCGGAACUGCAUUGGGAUGAGAUUUGCUGUCCUCACGAUGAAAGUUGCCAUUGCAGUCCUAAUGCAGCACUUCUCAUUUAGAGUCUGCAAAGAAACUCCGAUUCCCUUGGAGAUGGACAAUCAAGCAUUCUUGGUACCAAAGACACCAAUUCUUCUGAAGUUAGUACCCCGUGACAGUCCCCAGAAAAGUGAGGAAUGAAAUCUGGUUGUGUGAGACACCUCUGCAGGAGAUACAAACGCUUCAGGGGUUGCACUGUUCCCAUGAAACGUUCCCCAAAGAGAGACUUCAAUUAAUUCUGAAGAUAGGUGCUAGAUAUCUGCAGAGAGACAGACGAAUGGCUAUAAAUAGCUAAUUAGAUUCCUCUAAUUAGUUUAGCUGCUUCAUAAAUUGUUUUAUAUUUUUAAGGAAUGCAAACUGCUUUGAAAAUUUUGAAUUAUAAUGUGGGAUUAAAUAUAUCUAUAUAUCUUGUAUUAAUAUCUUUUAAAUAAAUAAUCUUGUAUUAAUAUCUUUUAAAUAAAUAAUAAAGAUUAAUUUAUUUUCAAUAAAUUAAUUAAAAGCUUA